AUGGUGGUGCUGCUUUUUGCAAUGGUUUGUGGAGUUUUUAUUUGCUUAGUCUGUUUGAAGCAAAUAAACACUCAGACUAAGACCAAAUUAUUGAACAUCGUAGCGAUUAAUCACAGCGACCAAAUUAAUCAACCGUGCCAAGUUCCCGAUGAUCAUGAGCAAUCGGAAAUCAGCUAUCUGCAUUACCCUAAACCUCAAACCUUCAAAAGGAGGGAAUGCGUCUGCAAUCCCGUCCGCUACUUUGCCAUAUUGUCAAAGCAAAGAUCUGGGAGUGGAUGGUUUGAAACAUUGUUGAAUAGUCACAUUAAUGUAAGCUCAAAUGGGGAGAUAUUUUCGGUUCAAGAUCGGAGGGUUAAUGUUUCAUCGAUUUUGAAGAACAUGGAUAAAGUAUAUAAUCUUGACUGGUUUAGUAGUGCCUCCAAGAAUGAGUGUUCAGCUGCCGUUGGAUUCAAGUGGAUGCUUAACCAGGGUUUGAUGGAGAAUCACCAAGAGAUAGUGAAGUACUUCAAGGAAAAAGGAGUGUCUGCAAUAUUCCUCUUCAGAAAAAACUUACUCCGCAGAAAGAUUUCUGUACUUGCAAAUUCAUAUGAUAAAGAUGUUAAGCAACUCAAUGGCACCCACAAGUCACAUACCCAUUCUCCAUUGGAGGCUCAAAUACUUGCAAAGUACAAGCCCAAGAUUAAUGCCACAUUGCUAAUUCCCGAUCUUAAACAAGAUGAGGAGGAAGCUGCCAAAGCCAUAGAAUAUUUCAAAACUACUCGCCAUAUUGUUGUUUACUACGAGGAGGUUAUCAACAACCGUACUAAACUUGAUGAGGUUCAAGAUUUCCUAAGGUUGCCACACAGGGAGCUCAAGAGCCGUCAGGUUAAGAUACAUACGACGUCAUUGUCGAAACAAGUCGAGAACUGGGAGAUGUAG